CGCUCACGCUCUCGGUAGAAGAUGCUUCUGCUCCGAUCCGAGUCAGCACGAGUCGCGCGCUGGGAAUGGAAAUGUGACGGAGGACUCGUCGGUCCUCCGAAUACAAUAGCGUUUGGCAAUGCCUUCCCGUCAUUCCUCCUACCAUCCGCAAGCAGCGUCCCCCCAGUCAAUAGAGACAUUGUGACACCCCGCCUUUCCAACUCCUCACACCGUCGUCAUGGCAGACCUGCCCGCUGCAUUGAAGCUACUCGCCCAUGCCGACUGGGAUGAGGUGCCUUCCACCGGCUUAGCUUCUUACCUCCAGAAGCACUUCGAGGCCGGCGAACUGCUCUGCAAUUCCGUCCCCUUACCACCCAAUGGCGGAGAUCCAGAAGCCAUCGAACCACACUUCCAAACCCCCGACUCCGCGAAGUCCGCCAAAGACAUCUUUCCCUCGCCCGUCCGGCCACAAGCCCCGGACGAUGAUCACGAGAGUCUGCGAAAGAACUGGGGAAAGCCGGUCAAAUUCAGCGCCAAAGAAAACCCGUUGCAGAUUGCACUGUACAAGAUGGCGGGACACGACAGACACGGUGCUUGGUUUGCAAGGCACUCCAUCUUCGAGGGCAUUUCAUUCUCCAAGUUCAAGAAGGCUAUUAAGCGAGAGUUCCCAGAGACAUUACUGACGCAGGGCGAGCCUGGCGCGGGUGCCAUCAGAGGUCUCUCUGCGGAACGAAGGAUCGAGCAACUCAAGGAGGAGAACGGAGACAGGGUGGAAGUAUAUCAAUUGAGUGCACAGAUGCCGCCUCCUGUGAGCCCGAGGGAAUUCUUAAUGAUGCUCUUCACAACCGACUGCGCUCUGACGGAGAAGAGCCCGACUGCAGACCAGCAGAACUCCCAGUACAUUCCUCGGCACUACAUGAUUGUUUCCAAGGGUUUGCAUCACCCCGAUGUCCCAGAACGGCCGAGUUUCGUUCGUGGGACUUACGAGUCCGUCGAGCUGGUCCGCGAGAUUCCCAUCCACCUUACACACAACACCGAUCCGGAACUGAACCCCUUGGAAUGGAUCAUGGUAACUCGCAGUGAUCCGGCUGGCGGCAUCCCCCGAUUUCUCAUCGAUCGCGGUACCCCGGGAGCAAUGCUUGCAGACGUCAGCAAGUUUUUCAACUGGGCAUGCGGGCAAGAAGAGAUACCCGAACGCGAUGGAGACCUUGAGGAGCAGCAAGCAGUCUCGGCACAGGACCAGGACGCUACUGUUGUCGGAGAUGGAAGCCAGGCAGCGCAAGCUGCGGACGGCGCGACGAGCAAGCCACUCGACGUGGCCGCCCAACAAGUGACCGACGACAAUUCGGCACAGCGCGACGUUUCCAACAAGGCCGCUACUAAAGAUCUGCGCAGUGAACCAGCUGCCGGAGGAGCGAUAGGAACCACAGACGGAUCCAAAGACGCUGGAGGCAUACUAUCAAGUCUGACGUCUACUGUCCAGUCCGGCAUAACCACAUACGCUCCCGUGGGCGUCUCGAACUUUGUGACGAAACACCUGAGCAACGAAACAUCCACGGCAGAAGCGCCCGAGGACGACCUGUCCGACUCUUCGUCAGACGACUCAUUUCUGUCGGCAGACGAGCUCAAAAGGUUAUCGACGGCACCCGAGUACUCCGAAUCUAAUAACGAGGGCGCGAGUCUGGUAAGCGGGGCAUCGUCGAUGAGGUCCUUGCCAAACGUGGACAAGAAAAACAUGAGUCGGCACGAGAAGGAAGUGCUGAAAAUUAUGCAACAGCGGGAGAAGCUCGAUGAGAAAGUGGCGAAGAAGCGGGAGGCGGAAGAAGCCAAGUUCCAGGCGGUUCAGGCGAAAGACGCAACCGACCAAGACAAGGCUCGCGAACGAAUGGAGAAGGAGCUGAAGAAGACGCAGGAACGACACGAGCGCGAGGUGGAGAAGCUGGAGCAGAAGAGAGAAAAGGAGCUGCGCAAGGUGGAGGAGAAGCGAGCGCGGAAGGAGAAUCAGAACAAGCUGUCCCUCGUCGCCCGGGAGCGAGACGAUCUGAGGAGCCACGUGGAUCUGUUGAGGAGGGAGAACUCGCUGCUCGCCGACCAGGUUGAGAGUCUGCAGCGAGAGAAUACGGCGCUGGCCAACCGGGUGGGCAAGCUGGGCGGCCCGGACGCGUUGAGGAGUGUGCAGGACGAGCUCAAGAAGACGACUAGUCUCAAGAGCACCACCAGUCGGGUGAGCUUGGACUCGAUGGCCAGUGGGAGUGGGGAGAAGAGGGACAGCAAGGAAGUCGCUGCGUCGUAGGCGGUACAUGCAUGCGUUGGGCAUUGUUUGAGCGGGGGGGUUUUGGUUGGGUCAUAGUAGAUCGAUCAGGGCCACAGCUAGCUGCUGCACCUCCGUUCAAACUACAUUUGGCAC